GAGGCGGCGGGCGAGUGCUGGCGGCGAGGCAGCGGCAGUCGGUUUACGCAGCCGGCGGUCGACGGUCGGUCGCGGAUCUGCGGCUCGGUUGUUGUUGAUUGUUAUCAAUCUGUGCUGUAUUGUUGUGAAUGAGUACGGUGUUUGUGUGGCUCUAACGGUACUGUUGCGCUCCUCAAAUCUAGAUUCUAUGCAAUGUUAAGUGACAUUUCGGCAACGGAGUGACAUAACACAGGAACAAUGCCGCGACUAGAGCAACAACCUCCGGAGGACUUUCGCCGCGUGCUGCGCGAGAAAGCCCUCAACCACAGCCUGUUCUACCUGAAAUUGAGCGCGGGCAUUGAGCCGGACAAGGCGCGGGCAGAUGUACCGGCGCAGUCGCACGCGCAGAGACGCGUCAGCGGCAGUGGGCUCGCGAGCGCUGCACCGCACGCGCGUCUCCGGCACGCUCAGCCGCGCGUCUCUGAGCUUCUGCGCCGCUUCGAGCCUGCGCCCAUGCAGUAUUUGCGGAUCCCACGUGCUACCACCCCGCCCGAGGACAUCACCUCCUCCGACGACGAUGAUCGCGCGGCGGUGCGGCGCCGUAGCCGCGACCUGAGCGACGACUCCGCCGUGGAGCUGGAGCCCCGGCCGCGCCGUCACUCGCACCCGCGCGAUGUGACGCCACCGCCUGGAGCGCCUUCGCCGCGGCGCGAGCGCACGCUUGUGGAGGCGCACGUGGUGCAGCUGGGGCGGCGUGGUAGCGAGGGCAGUGAAGGUUGCGAGACGCGCAGCCGCUGCGUGCGCACGCCCAGCGUCGUCGUCAGCGACUACUCUGACGGCGUGGUUGUGGGAGCCACCGCGGAGGAGGCGGCCUGGCUGCGAGCGCGAUCCCUAUCUGCGGACUCUGCCUGUUCUUCCUGCUCCACGCUCUCCAGCCGGGAUGAUGAGGAGUUCGAGUCUCCAACGCUUCCUAAAAAGAUCAUAAGCACCGAAUGACGGGCACAUUUGGCGUCCUGAGCGACCUGCGGGGUGCGGCUGGGAGCGGCGAGACCAAUGAAGCCAAGUCGAAGAAUUUACAACUGUCUACGUGUUCAAAGCCAAAUCUAAGAAGAACGUGUAUUUUUCGUAUACUAACUGUGG